GAUGUAGAAUUGAGUCUGAAUGGUACCUGUUCAAGAAGAACGUUGGCCACCGCUGGAAGGAAGUUGCUUGGAUGGUAAUCUUAACAAGUAGGAGCAUGUGCACCGAAGUAAGUGUAAGGUGAGGUAGCUGAAUGUGAAAGGUGGAAAAUGAAUGUGUUUAAAAAGCGCCCUGGUCCCCCUGCACUUUUCCAGAGAUCCGUGUCGGUGCAGGAUGGUGAUUCUACAAAAGUGAGAGCUAGUUUGAAGGACUACCAUUGGUGCUAUCAAGUGAAAAGCAAGAGGACUUUGGAAGAAGCAGAUUCGGAUUUAGGGAAGCUGCUUGGAACUUACCGAUGGCAGACUCAUCCCAGACUUCCGUGGAAAGUGGCCAAGAGGCCAGAUGCAGCAAGGACUGCCGAAGAGCCUUUGACAGUGUCCACGUUAGUUGCUGACAGUCACCAAGAAGACCCAGAAGAGAAGGCUGUCAUGCCAGCAACAAGGCCAUUUCGGGUUCCUUUCUGCAGAUCUUUAUCUGAACCUGCCCCGCACUGGAAAGAGAGGAACACUCUGCAACCAGAGUCUGGGGAGCAGGACAAUUAUUUUGUCCGCGGCUUCUUUUCUACAAUCUCCAGCAGCUUUUCUAAGGUGCUGAAUCGGAAGGGGGAACAGAAUGCUGCCGUGACAAAUGAGGGAGUGGAGAGUAGUCAGAUGGAUUUGACUGAAGACGUGAAAGGACCACCAACCCACAGGCUGUCUUGUGGCCAGUCCCCUGAUUCGGAAACUAUAAUAUGGGAGACCAAGUACUCCAUUCUGACCGACAGCCAACUUGUGCUGCUGAACAAAGAGAAGGAGAUGGCUGUGGAAGGAGGGCAGGAUCAGGCAUCAGAGCCUUCCAAAGGGCGUUGCCUGCGGCGCACCGUGAGUGUUCCUUCGGAGGGUCAAUUUCCUGACUAUCCACCAGAGGGAGCUACUAAGCUUGAGGUCCCAGCAGAGAGGUCUCCUCGCAGACGGAGUAUCUCAGGGACAAGCACAUCAGACAAAACCAACCCCAUGGACCCAUCAAAUACAUCUCCAUUCAAAGUGCCGGGCUUCUUCAGUAAACGGCUUAAAGGGUCAAUCAAAAGAACGAAGAGCCAGUCAAAAUUGGAUAGGAAUACCAGCUUCCGUCUUCCAUCCCUUCGACCCACUGAGGACAGGUCUCGUGGUUUACCAAAGCUGAAAGAGUCCCGUUCUCAUGAAUCUUUGCUGAGUCCAGGCAGUGCUGUGGAGACAUUAGAUCUUGGGGCAGAAGAGAGAGUCUUCGUCAAGCCACUUCAUAGCAGUAUACUGGGACACGACUUCUGCUUUGAGGUAACUUAUUCCUGUGGCAGUAAAUGUUUCAGCUGCUCCUCAGCGGGAGAAAGAGACAAGUGGAUGGAAAACCUGCGGAGGGCGAUCCAACCAAACAAGGACAACUGCCGGCGAGCCGAAAACGUGCUCCGCCUUUGGAUCAUCGAGGCAAAAGACCUGGCCCAAAAGAGGUACUUUUGUGAGUUGUGCGUGGACGAUACCUUAUUUGCCCGCACAACCAGCAAAAUGAAAAAUGAUAAUAUCUUCUGGGGAGAGCACUUUGAGUUCUCUGGCCUUCCACCUGCCCACAGCAUCACCAUCCACAUCUAUAAAGAUGUCGAAAAGAAGAAAAAGGACAAGAACAACUAUGUGGGUCUGGUUAACAUCCCCAUAGCUGCCGUGACCGGUCGGCAAUUUGUGGAGAAGUGGUAUCCCAUCAGCACUCCCACGCCCAAUAAAGGGAAGACAGGUCCAUCCAUACGGAUAAAAUGCCGUUAUCAGACAAUUACCAUCCUCCCCAUGGAGCAGUACAAAGAGUUUGCAGAAUUUGUGACCAACAACUACACAAUGUUAUGCUCUGUUCUGGAGCCAGUCAUCAGUGUCCGGAACAAAGAGGAGAUGGCCUGUGCUUUAGUGCACAUUCUUCAGAGCACUGGCAGAGCCAAGGACUUCUUGACUGACUUGGUGAUGUCUGAGGUCGAUCGCUGUGGGGAGCAUGAUGUGUUGAUCUUCAGGGAGAAUACACUUGCCACUAAAGCCAUUGAAGAAUACCUCAAGCUAGUGGGACAGAAGUAUCUGCAAGAUGCUCUCGGUGAAUUUAUCAAGGCGUUGUAUGAGUCGGACGAGAACUGUGAAGUGGAUCCCAGCAAAAGUUCUCCGAGCGAGCUAGCCGAUCACCAGGCCAAUCUUAAAAUGUGUUGCGAGCUAGCCUUCUGCAAGAUCAUCAACUCCUACUGUGUCUUUCCCCGGGAGCUGAAGGAGGUGUUUGCAUCGUGGAAGCAGCAGUGCCUCAACAGGGGGAAACAAGAUAUCAGUGAACGCUUGAUCAGUGCCUCGCUUUUCCUCCGUUUCCUCUGCCCAGCCAUCAUGUCUCCAAGUCUCUUCAACCUCAUGCAAGAGUACCCUGAUGACCGCACCUCUCGGACGCUCACGCUAAUUGCAAAGGUUAUCCAAAAUCUGGCAAAUUUCACAAGAUUUGGGAACAAAGAAGAAUAUAUUACAUUUAUGAAUGACUUUCUCGAGCACGAGUGGGGCGGCAUGAAACGCUUCCUGAUAGAAAUUUCUAAUGCGGACACCAUCUCCGGCACUCCAGGAUUUGAAGGCUUCAUAGAUUUGGGACGGGAGAUCGCCGUCUUGCAUUCCUUGCUGUGGGAAGUUGUAUGUCAGCUGGACAAGGCAACGGUAGAAAAAUUGGGACCUUUGCCACGCAUCCUCGCAGAUAUUGCCAAGGCCACAACAAACCCCACGCCGAUCCAGCAACAAUUGAGACGCCUGGCAGAUCACAACUCAAGCCCCAACGUCAGCCUCUCCUCAGGGCUGCAAAAAAUCUUUGAGGACCCUAUUGACAGUGAGGUCAAAUUGAAGUCGCCCCCCCAGGAAAACGAAGGGUACUUCAAAAGCAAGUUGUUGCUGAUUCAACAGUCAUCGUCACGCAGUGUGACUUACUCCGACAAGAGUGACGAGACUAACAUGCCCAAUGUCCGAAGCAUAUCGCUGAUGGAUCUCCAAGAUCCCAAUGUUGUGCAGUGUGAUUCCGGGUCCGUGAUGCACGAUGCUCCUGUACGUUUAUCCGGCAGCCAGCUUUCUGUAAUCCAGGUGGCGAACAUCAAGCAGCUCCACAGCACACCGCAGAGCACCCCUCAGGUCAGGAGGCCUCUGCACACACCACUCAGCCAGCCGGGCCCUCUACAGGCCCUCUCCUUCCAGAACCCUGUUUACCAUAUGAACAACCCCGCCCAGGCCAUGCCACCAAAGGUGUCCAUGGACUCCAGCUUGGAGAAUCUGAGUGUCACCAGUUCCCGGAGCCAGAAUAGUGAAGACCUUAAGCUCAGCGGGCCGAGCAACAGCAGCAUGGAGGACUUCACCAAACGCAGCACACAGAGCGAGGACUUUCCCCGACGGGGCACAGCACUGGACAAGCACGUGCCCAUGGUGUUACCUCGCCAGAACAGCACUGGGCAGGCCCAGAUCCGCAAAGUGGACCAAGCGGGACUGGGUGCGAGAGCCAAGGCGCCCCAGUCCCUUCCGCACAGCGCUUCUCUGCGAAGCACAGGGAGCGUGUCUGUAGCAUCUGCCACAAUGGCAGCGGAGCCUCUUCAGAACGGCAACCGGUCCCGGCAACAAUCCUCGUCCUCCCGGGAGAGCCCAGUUCCCAAAGUGCGUGCCAUCCAGAGGCAGCAAACGCAGCAGAUUCAUUCACCUGUAGACUCUGCCACAAUGUCGCCUGUGGAAAGGACAGCUGCCUGGGUCCUCAACAAUGGGCAGUAUGAAGAGGAGGAGGAAGAUGCCGAUCAAAACCAAGAUGAAGCAAAGCACGCAGAAAAGUAUGAACAGGAGAUAACCAAACUCAAAGAUCGCCUGAAGGUGUCGAGCCAGCGGCUGGAGGAGUACGAGCAGCGGCUCCUGGUUCAGGAGCAACAAAUGCAGAAGUUGCUGAUGGAAUAUAAGGCCAGGUUGGAAGACAGUGAGGAGAGGUUGCGAAGGCAGCAGGAGGAGAAGGAUAGUCAGAUGAAGAGCAUCAUUAGCAGGUUGAUGGCUGUUGAGGAGGAAUUGAAGAAGGACCAUGCCGAGAUGCAGGCGGUUAUUGACACUAAGCAGAAAAUAAUUGACGCACAGGAAAAAAGAAUCCUGUCUCUGGACUCAGCCAACACGCGGCUCAUGAGUGCCCUAACGCAAGUGAAGGAACACUACAGCAUGCAGGCUCGGAACGGCAUCUCCCCCACCAACCCCACCAGGCUUUCCAUCACGGAGAACGGUGAAUUCAAAAACAGCAGCUGCUAACUGCAACUUCUCCCACCUGCCAGUUGCCAGCUCCUCAUUUCUCCCACCCACUCCAAGCCUGUCCACACCACAGCCUCAACGUUCCCCAAGACUGCCUGCCUGCCUGCCUGCCCAGGAGGCAGCAGAAAUACUGCACGACUAGAGCUUGGGGAAGAAGGUCACACCAAAACAGGCUCUCUCCUCUCUUUCCUCCCUGCUCUUCUCUUCUGCCUUCUCUUUGGGGAUGAAGAAGAGAGAUUUCUCUGUACCAAGGUCAGAAUGUCUUUGGGAAGGGGCCUUUGGCAAGGUGAGAUGGUGGGAGCCACGGCAGCACGGAGCUCCUAAGGGCAGCCAUCACCAACUGCGCUGCCUGUGGCUCCCUUUGAUGGGGGGGAGGCGGGAUCUGCAUUGGCUGCACAGUUCCCUUUGACGGGGGGAAGGGGGGAUUGCCAUCCCACCUCCCUCCCUCCCCCCGUCAAAGGAAGCUGUGCAGCCGAUCCCACCUCUUCUCCGAGGCAGGCAGCAGUGGCGGAGCUACCUGCUUGGGGAGCGGCAUACAUCCGGGGGCAUGGCUGGUGCGCGUCCCGGGGGCGUGGCGCGCUGCCCACGUCGGGGGGGUGCACAGCAAGCGGCGCACAUUAUAGGGUGUGGCCAAUGAGUGCCAAACAUCUCGAAGGUGCGCAGCAAGCGAUGAGCAGGCACGGGCAGGGGCAGCCAUGAUGUCACACACCCCAGGAUGGCACCCAGGGCAGGCCGCCCCCCCCCCGCCCCCACCUUCGUCCGCCAGUGGCUUGGGGACAAUUGAGGCAGCUUUGUGCUAAUCUUGGUCAAGCCCCUUCCCCAAACCAUUCUGAUCUUGGUACAGAGAAAAUCUCUAUCCUUCCAAUAACUAAGAUCACCAAAGAGCUGGGAGGAAAGAGAGGAGACAGCAUGUUUUGGUGUGACCUUCUUCCAGAAGUCCUUUCACAAUCUUUCUGCUGCCUCCUGGGCCUUAACAAGGUCAUCUUACAGGACUGUUUCCUCCCCUUUGUUUCGUUUUGUUUCGUUUGCAAUGUUAGCUUUGAAUAAUUUAUUUUGAUAUGGUUUCCCCUUAACACACAAUACCUUCUUUCCCCGUUCCCCUCUCUAAGCCUGUAUUUUUAUGCCAGUAAUGCUGGACCACUUCUGCAUUUCAUUGUCUGGGUUUGUUCUAAAGAAGAUUUAUUUUUGUUCUGUGAAUAUUUUUGAACAGUUUCUUGUAUAUGUACAGAUAUAGAUACAUUUGAGGUCUUUUAUUGAUAUUCCUACAAAGAAUUACAAAAUAAACUUUAACUUUAAACACUUUG